CCCGCCGUACCUAAGGCCAUGUUGUGGUCAUCCCUGGCUUUCCGCAGCUCCUCCCGGAGCUGUCCCACCGUUUCAAUGUCUUCCAUCGUUCGGUGAGCCGGAGCGGGGCCUCUCCCGGCGCCGCGGGGCUCGGAGCGGGGCCGCUGCCGGGCAACGGCGUGAGGCGGGCGGGCCUUCCGCUUCCGAGUCAGCGGGGCCGGGCCAUGGGGCGGAGGAGGAAAACGCUGCACGACUACGCGGCCGAGUUCUCGGAGCUAUCGGUGCGGCGGGAGCCGGCGGGGCCGAGCUGUUCAGCCGUGGAGACGCUGCUCUGCACGCCGUGCCAGCUGCCCCUGAGGGUGCGGCGCGACCGCAUCCUGGAGCACCUCAGCUCGGGCCGCCACUGCCGCAACCGCCGCCUGCUCCGCCAGAUCGGGCUGCGCGCCCCGGGGCUCCGCUCUGCAAGUCCCGACUCCAGCCUGAGCCUGAGCCUGCCGCUGCCACUYGACGUGCCCUCCCUGCUCUCCCAUCCCUCUUUCGUCACCGCUGGAUCCAGCACCAGCUACAGCAUGGUCCCYUCCCCGCCCUCCUACCACAAGAUGCUGGUUCCCCACCACCCCAUCACCGCCACACAGAGGGAUGACCCAACGCCCUCCACCUCUGCUGGCCACCCCUCACCCCUGGCCACCUUCCACACUGGCAUUACACCUCUUGGCCAAAGUGGGGCURCACCCGAUGCCUCCAGCAGCCCGGCACCCUUCUCAUGUCACGGUGGCAGCGGCGCUGGCCUCGUGCUCUUCGGCGCAGGGCUCGUGAGCAAAGCCCUGUUGCAAAGCCUGAUGGAGGAAACGAGCUGCUGCCUGCUGUAYGUGGUGGAGGAUCGGCCGGAGGAGGUGGAACGUGCCUUUGGUGCCGAGGUCCCGGCUGGCACCAGGGUUCUGCGGCAGCAGGACGCCGCCGUYGCGCUCGGAGAUCCACGRGUCUCUGGAGCCAUUAUWUGUUCUCCACCUGAYGAAGCCCCUGAGAUGGUMAAAGAAGCCUUACGAGCAGGUAAAGGUGUGUUCUGCGAGGGGCUGCCCAGCUUGGACAGGCAGACAGCAGAAACCUGUUUCGAUGAGGCCGACAAGUGUCGGAGGCCACUCGUGUGUGGCUUCUACAAGCGCUUUGACCCAGCCCUGCAGUUCUUGUACAAGAAGGUGCGGGACAGCCGGGCCCUGGGCAGGAUCCGUCGGAUAUCCACCAUCAGCAGCCUCUAUCCAGCAGCCUCUCUGAGCCUCCUGAAAGCCUCAGGUGGRAUUUUUUACAACGCUGCUGUGCAUGACAUAGAUAUUAUCAGUUURUUGUUGGGAGAGAGUGUGCCAGAUACAAUAUUUUCCCUGGGCCAUGCCUUCUGUGCAGACAUGGGCUGCCUGAAGGAUGUGGACACAGUUGCCAUCAGCAUGAAGUUCCCCAGYGGAGCCAUUGUCACUCUGGAUGUCAGCCAGCACUGCACCAGGAGCUGUGACCAGCGGCUGGAGGUUCAUGGAUCUCAAGGGACAUUACGGGUGGACAACCAGAACCCUCUGGGUAUCACAGAGCACGGGACUUCAGUGUCCAUCUGUCCCCAAACCCAGGCAGAACGCUACAGGGAUGCACACAGGGAGCUCAUCAGGCACUUCCUGAGAACUCUGAAAGGCCAGGAGCUCCCUGUGAUCACCAAGGAGCAGUUCCUGUGCACCAUCCAGGUGGCUGCAGCAGCUGAGCAGUCCUGGAGGAAYGGCUCUGCCGUGGAUCUGCACAGCGGUGCCGCGGAUCCGGCCGGACCAAAGGCUGCAGCUGUGUGACAACCACUCAGUGGGGACACAGCAAGGACUUCCCACCUAGUGGCCUCAGGAUAAGCCUGGAUGGAGGUUUUUACAUUCCCACUGGGAGUGCCCAGCAGACAAAGGCACUUCUGAACCAGGAGCAUUGGGUGCUGGGAUGGUGCAGGAUUUCUACCACAUCAGUCUGAGCCUGCAAGAAAUUCCUGAGCCUGCGUGUGGUUUGGUCCAGGUGGCUUUUCCUCCUGGAGAGUGCUGCUGGCCAUGGAGCUCUGUUUUCCCAGGAGAAAAAUGAUGCUUCUUGGGCCAGCCAGGGUGGUGUAGGACCGCUAACAGCUGGGAUGAGGGAGAAGCUCCCCCUUGGAGAGGGAAUGGCCACUGCCURUCUGGAGGAGAAAUCACAAGCAAGUGUCUUCCCACGAUUGAGGUGAUGUAAUGCUCAAAAAAAUAUGGGGGUGAGUGUGUUUAGAUUGGAUAUAUGGAAGAAAUUAUUCYCUUUGAGGCUGUGAGGGGCUGGAAUGGAUUUCUGAGAGAAGCUGUGGCUGCCUCAUCCCUGGAAGUGUUCAAGGCCAGGUUGGAUAGUGGAAGGURUCCCUGCCCAUGGCAGGGGGUGGGACUGGAUGGUCUUUAAGGCUCCUUCCACCCAAACCAGUCUGGGAUUCCAUGAUCCUGUUUGAGACACAGACCCCAGCAGAAAGCAGAGCCACAGUCCAGCUGGUGUUGCUGCCAGGAUCUUUGGACUUUUGUCAUGUGUGGAGCUCUCUGCAGACAUGUGGCUCUGACUGUUCCUGUCUGGCUGUCAGUUUUCAAGAUCUUCUGAAAGAUUUUUUGUUGUAUUUUUAUUGAAUUAUGACAACGUUUUUACCUUCUUCCAUUUCAAGGCAUUAGUUUGUAAACUUCUUGCAAGAACCUUUAGUUCAAUCAAUUUUCAAUUCCUACCUAUGGAAUAAGUGYUCCUAAAACUAGAAAUAGUGGUGACAUUUGUAAAUUAAGACAGUUCUCUUUGGGAAAUGGUUUUUAACAGUGUAAUUUUUCAAGCUCUGAAAAAGUGUGAUUUAAUGCUUGUUCUGCAUUUCAUUCACUAUUUUUAGCCAUUUAUUGAGGGGAAAAAAAUUAUGUAUCCAGAAGCCUCCUUUUGUCUCUCUGUACUCAUUGURGCAGUUUAGURCUCACUGGUGGGUUUCUUUUUGGUSUCAGCAGCUUCAGGCCCUUUGAGGUCCUGCAGGUGAAGGUUUGCUCUGGGUUACGAGGGCACUUUCUGUCCACUUUUAAUUGCCUGAUCCAGCAAUUCCCCCAUGUGCUCAAAAAAAAACCCCAAAACCCCCAAAACAAAAGAGAAACCUCAGCUAUAAAAAUAACACAUUUUCCGAAGAUGACAGUACAAAAAAGUACAAUUCCUACYGCGGAGUGAUCCGUUAAUACUGCUGGGAACAGCUCUGGGAAUGCUGGAAAUGUGAGUGAUKGUUGCAAAAGCUUUAAAGCAUUAAAGUGCUUUACUGAGCCAUUGCCUGGGGACAUGGGUUCAGUGUCAGACACACCAGGGGAGUUCCCAAUCCCAAAGGAAUCCGGUUCCCAAUCCCUGUGGUGUGAGAGGUGGGAUGGCCAUUGCUCCUGUGCCUCACCAGCACCCGAGGGACAUGAGGGGUAGGACAAGAGGUCACCUCUGUGUGCUGGAGGCUCAGAGCUGCUGUGGGACACCCARACAGAGCAUUGGAGGAGAGUCCUGGGCUCAGGGCUGCAGUGCAACACAUCCAGGGAUCACAUUCCUGCUCCCCUUGCAGAGGGAGCAGCCACUGCCUGCCUGGAGGAGAAGGCACAUCUCGGCUGAGCCCUGCUAGCACUUGAGCUGUUCUCUUGCUU